AUGGAAGAAUACGAGUAUGGCCAUGAAGGGGCGCUCCAGAAGUUUCUCGAGAACGGCCGAAAACCUCAACCGACCUACGUGGAACUUCUACCGCCAGCGUCAGCUGCUGAGCAUGCAGAUCUGGACCGACGCUGGAAGCUCCUCAUGCUGUCGCGUCGCGUGAGCGGCAUGCAAGACCUCUUGGAAUCCACCGCGGGCGCGAAUCUAGCCAUCAAGGAGGAUAGAUUGCUUAAGCGGACGGGUGCCCAGUUUACCCAAACUAUCUGGCCCGUGCACUAUCUCCCUAAUAUCACCUGGAUAACGGAGCCAAAGCAUGAGAAAAUGGCAUUUAGUUAG